GAUUUCCGAGAGGUCAUACUGCCUGAAAGUUUCAAUGCCGAACUUGUUGACGAGGCUGGGAAUCCAGUUCCACUCUAUGACACUUAUCUGCACCAUUGGCUUGUCGUGAGGUUCUUUGUACGUCAAGGUUUGGGAACUCGCAACGUUUCGAGAUUCAAUAGUUCGGAUUACAUCUCGGGGAGAAACAGUGGGAUAUGUAACGAUGGAGCACUCGAUCAGUUCUCGGUCUCGGUUCCGAGACUGUAAGAACUUCGACUCGUAUUCCUGACCCUUACGAAGAGAAAUCGAUAAUCCUGCUGAUAUUCCUUCCGGUUUUGACGAGACGUGGGCAAUUACGUUCAUGCAAUCGAUACGAGGGCACAGAAGAUACGAUGGGAUGCACCGAAUGCCAGUGUGAUCUUUACAAUGUUAUGAGGGAUGAAAUCGGACAACCUUUGAGUCCAAACUACAAAGGGGGCUUGUUAUGUUGCUAUUAUGGCACACGACGUAGGAGGAAAGAAGGGUUUAAUGGCAUCAAAAGAACCCUUUACCUUCGAUACACCGUCAAGUGGAUCGACAUGGAUAGCUCAAUCAUGCCCGUUAAAGUUUACAUAUUAGAUGUGCAGAUAUGUGGAAGAGGCCCAGAAAUUCUACAGGGACUAAUGCAGAGCACGAUUGCAGGGUUGAAUACGGCAUUGAAUCGUGUUGAGCCACGGGAUCGACGAGAAAUGUAUGCAUCGACAACAAAAGGAUUAGUCUCGACAUGCCAUUCGGCGGCUAUGUGAUAUAUGGUGUUGCACACCACAUGCUGCAGGCUCCGGUUCUUCUCUCUAUAGGAAGGCAUGAAAUGCGAUUAUGUACAUGUACGUAUAUGUGAUGUUUUCUUUGGAUGUCGAGAUGAACCUGUUUUGCAUGGGGUGGCCGAGUUUUAUGCUCCUCGAUACCGAAAUACGGUAAGGGAAUGAACCCGGAAACGAAUCCGGGUAUGUUGUGGGAAUGUCAACACUGCUUUGGUUGCCGAAAAAAUACUUAUGGGGCUAUUCUACCUUUUGGUUGCCGAUAAAUUUCCCUAGU